AUGCGCUGGACGUCGCUGGUGCUGAUCCUCCUUGCGGUCGUCGAGCGAGCGCUCGGUGGCUGCGCGUACGCAGACUUGAACUUGCCGGCAAAUGCGUUCAUUUUGGCGGCCGACAGCUCGUGCAUCAGCACGCAGCCUGUCUGCGCUCUCCGACCCAACUGCACCGUCUACAGCUCAUUCUCGACCAAGUCGAACAGCUUCGCGUAUUUGGACGCGAUUGGCGACCUCAGCGGCUACACCCAACCCAACCUAACGGUCAGCAACGCGUCGUAUCUCACGCUCGCCAAGAUGAAUCUGCCAUCGACACUGACCAACUUGACGCUCACCAACAUCACGGCGAGAAUCGACCUCGGAGCGAUCGCAACGACGCAGUGGAGCUCGCUCCAGGGCCUAACGUUCUACUUGUCGACCAUCAAGAUUAGCAACGGCAUCAAUUGGCCGCCAUCGCUUCGAUUUGUCGUGUUCAAAGGUACCGACUUGGUCAACAUCCCCCAAGGCUUGCCGUCGACGGUCCAGUCCUUAGCCUUUCAAGCCAACCAGCUCACGGACCUCAACUACCUCCCGCCCAAUCUGACGUUCCUGUACGACGAGACGACAGGACUGGGAGCUCAUCUGCUGUAG